CUCCGGCUCCAGGGCGGCUUCAGUCCGCCGCCAGCAGGCCGCGGGGCUAGGCCGAAUGGGAGGCUGCGUGGGCGCGAUAUAAGGCGUCCAAGCUAGUGUUGCCUGCGGCGCUGAGGAGACGGUGUGGCCCAAGAGAGGGUGGAGACGACGGCUGUGACGGGCUUCCCAGCUGCCCGAAGUGGGAGUGGUGUGGGCUGCAGGAAGGAGAGAGGAAGAGGAGCAGAAGGGGGCAGCAGCGGCCGCCGCUAACCGCCUCCCUCGGCGCUGACAGGCUGGGCCGGUGCCCGGCUCGUUCGGGAGUUGGCGCCGCCGCCUCGGCCCCGGGCCCGGGCUUGCGGCGCGCGUCGGAGCGGAGGGCUGCCGCGGCGCGGAGAGAGGCCGGGUCCUCGCUUCCGAGGGAUGUGAGUGGGAGCCGAGCCCGCACGGGAGGGCCCUCGAGGGCCCAGCCUGGCGGACGCUCGGACCCCUGCCAGCCCCGGGGGCUUCGCAGACCUUGGUCCGCCAGAGACACCGGGAAGGAGCAGCUCCUGCGGGCCGGGGCGCGCGCCCUCGUGGCCUGAACCGUGCAGCCGGUUUCAGAAGCAGACAACGGGAACAAGAUGUGAACUGCUUCUCUUCUGCAGAAAAAAGAGGCCCUCUCCUCCCUCUACGACAAAUGUUCUGAAGAAGACCCUGCAUGGGAAUGGCUUGCCUUACAAUGACAGAAAUGGAAGGAACAUCCACAUCUCCUGUGCAUCAGAAUGGUGAUAUUCCUGGAAAUGCUAACUCUGUGAAGCAAAUAGAUCCAGUUCUUCAGGUGUAUCUUUAUCAUUCCCUUGGGAAAGCUGAGGGAGAUUACCUGAAGUUUCCAGCUGGAGAGUAUGUUGCAGAAGAAAUUUGUGUUGCUGCCUCUAAAGCUUGUGGUAUCACACCUGUGUAUCAUAAUAUGUUUGCUUUAAUGAGUGAAACAGAAAGGAUCUGGUAUCCGCCCAACCAUGUCUUCCACAUAGAUGAUUCAACCAGGCAUAAUGUACUCUACAGAAUAAGAUUUUACUUUCCUCGCUGGUAUUGCAGUGGCAGCAACAGAACCUAUCGACAUGGGAUAUCUCGAGGUGCUGAAGCUCCUCUUCUUGAUGAUUUUGUCAUGUCUUAUCUUUUUGCUCAGUGGCGGCAUGAUUUUGUGAAUGGAUGGGUAAAAAUACCUGUGACUCAUGAAACACAGGAAGAAUGUCUUGGGAUGGCAGUGUUAGAUAUGAUGAGAAUAGCCAAAGAAAAGGAUCAAACUCCACUGGCCAUCUAUAACUCUAUCAGCUACAAGACAUUCUUACCAAAAUGUGUUCGAGCAAAGAUCCAAGACUAUCAUAUUUUGACAAGGAAGCGAAUAAGGUACAGAUUUCGCAAAUUUAUUCAGCAAUUCAGCCAAUGCAAAGCCACUGCCAGAAACUUGAAACUUAAAUAUCUUAUAAAUCUGGAAACUCUUCAGUCUGCCUUCUACACAGAGCAAUUUGAAGUAAAAGAGCCUGGAAGAGGUCCUUCAGGUGAGGAGAUUUUUGCAACCAUUAUAAUAACUGGAAACGGUGGAAUUCAGUGGUCAAGAGGGAAACAUAAAGAAAGUGAGACACUGACAGAACAGGAUUUACAGUUAUAUUGUGAUUUUCCUAAUAUUAUUGACGUCAGUAUUAAGCAAGCAAACCAAGAAGGCUCAAAUGAAAGCAGAGUUGUAACUAUCCAUAAGCAAGAUGGUAAAAAUCUGGAAAUUGAACUUAGCUCAUUAAGAGAAGCUUUGUCUUUUGUGUCAUUGAUUGAUGGAUAUUAUAGGUUAACUGCAGAUGCACAUCAUUACCUUUGUAAAGAAGUAGCACCUCCAACAGUGCUUGAAAAUAUACAAAGCAACUGUCAUGGACCAAUUUCAAUGGACUUUGCCAUCAGUAAACUGAAGAAAGCAGGUAAUCAGACUGGACUGUAUGUACUUCGAUGCAGUCCUAAGGACUUUAAUAAAUAUCUUCUGACCUUUGCUGUUGAGCGAGAAAAUGUCAUUGAAUAUAAACACUGUUUGAUUAUAAAAAAUGAGAAUGGAGAGUACAACCUCAGUGGGACUAAGAAGAACUUCAGUAAUCUUAAAGAUCUUUUGAAUUGCUACCAGAUGGAAACUGUUCGCUCAGACAGUAUAAUUUUCCAGUUUACUAAAUGCUGUCCUCCAAAGCCAAAAGAUAAAUCAAACCUUCUAGUCUUCAGAACCAAUGGUGUUUCUGAUGUACCAACCUCACCAACGUUACAGAGGCAUAAUAAUGUGAACCAAAUGGUGUUUCACAAAAUUAGAAAUGAAGAUUUGAUAUUUAAUGAAAGCCUUGGCCAAGGCACUUUUACAAAAAUUUUUAAAGGUGUAAGAAGAGAAGUAGGAGACUAUGGUCAACUGCAUGAAACAGAAGUUCUUUUAAAAGUUCUGGAUAAAGCACAUAGAAACUAUUCAGAGUCUUUCUUUGAAGCAGCAAGCAUGAUGAGCCAGCUUUCUCACAAGCAUCUGGUUUUAAAUUAUGGAGUAUGUGUCUGUGGAGAGGAGAAUAUUCUGGUUCAGGAGUUUGUAAAAUUUGGAUCACUAGAUACAUAUCUGAAAAAGAAUAAAAAUUCUAUAAAUAUAUUAUGGAAACUUGAAGUGUCUAAACAGUUGGCAUGGGCCAUGCAUUUUCUAGAAGAAAAAACCCUUAUUCAUGGGAAUGUGUGCGCCAAAAACAUUCUACUUAUUAGAGAAGAAGACAGGAAGACAGGAAAUCCUCCUUUCAUCAAACUUAGUGAUCCUGGCAUUAGUAUUACAGUAUUGCCAAAGGACAUUCUUCAAGAGAGAAUACCGUGGGUACCACCUGAAUGCAUUGAAAAUCCCAAAAAUCUAAAUUUGGCAACAGACAAAUGGAGUUUUGGUACCACUUUGUGGGAAAUCUGCAGUGGAGGAGAUAAGCCUCUGAGUGCUCUGGAUUCUCAAAGGAAGCUACAGUUUUAUGAAGAUAGACACCAGCUUCCUGCCCCAAAGUGGACAGAAUUAGCAAACCUUAUAAAUAAUUGUAUGGAUUAUGAACCAGAUUUUAGGCCUUCUUUCAGAGCCAUCAUACGAGAUCUUAACAGUUUGUUUACUCCAGAUUAUGAACUAUUAACAGAAAAUGAUAUGUUACCAAAUAUGAGGAUAGUUGCCCUCGGGCUUUCUGGUGCUUUCGAAGACAGGGACCCUACACAGUUUGAAGAGAGACACUUGAAAUUUCUACAGCAACUUGGCAAGGGUAAUUUUGGGAGUGUGGAGAUGUGCCGGUAUGACCCUCUACAGGACAACACUGGGGAAGUGGUGGCUGUAAAAAAGCUCCAGCAUAGUACUGAAGAGCACCUCAGAGACUUCGAAAGGGAAAUUGAAAUCCUGAAAUCCCUACAGCAUGACAACAUUGUAAAGUACAAGGGAGUGUGCUACAGUGCUGGCCGGCGUAAUCUAAGAUUAAUUAUGGAAUAUUUACCAUAUGGAAGUUUAAGAGACUAUCUCCAAAAACACAAGGAACGGAUAGAUCACAAAAAACUUCUGCAGUACACAUAUCAGAUAUGCAAGGGUAUGGAGUAUCUUGGUACAAAAAGAUACAUCCACAGGGACCUGGCAACAAGAAAUAUAUUGGUGGAGAAUGAGAACAGAGUUAAAAUUGGAGAUUUUGGGUUAACCAAAGUUUUGCCACAAGACAAAGAAUACUACAAAGUGAAAGAACCUGGUGAAAGUCCCAUAUUCUGGUAUGCUCCAGAAUCACUGACAGAGAGCAAGUUUUCUGUGGCCUCAGAUGUCUGGAGCUUUGGAGUGGUUCUGUAUGAACUUUUCACGUAUAUUGAGAAGAGUAAAAGUCCACCAGUGGAAUUUAUGCGAAUGAUUGGCAAUGACAAACAAGGACAGAUGAUUGUGUUCCAUCUGAUAGAACUCCUAAAAAAUAAUGGAAGAUUACCAAGACCAGAUGGAUGCCCAGAUGAGAUUUAUAUGAUCAUGACAGAAUGCUGGAAUAAUAAUGUAACUCAACGCCCCUCCUUCAGGGACCUAGCUCUUCGAGUGGAUCAAAUAAGGGACAACAUGGCUGGAUGAAAAAGAAUGACCUUCACUCUGAGACCAAAGUAGACUUACAGAACAAAGUUUUGUAUUUCAUAUUGCUGUGGACUAUUAUUACAUAUAUCAUGAUGCUAGCCAGCAAAGAUGUGAAAAUAUCUGCUCAAAACUUUCAUGAGGCCACCAGUAAAAGACAUUGAUGAAAAGUCCUUAGCAAGAAAUUUGGUAAAAAGUUUCAUGAACUUUAUCGGUUAGUUAACAUCACCAUUCUCUGGCAAAAGGAAAAAAAUAGGUUUUUUAGUCAGAUUUUUGAGAGAUGAAAAAAAUUAGAAUGUAAAUUGUUCAAUGUUAAAGAUGCAUAGAAUAUAUAUACAUAUAUAAUUUUUACCACAGUGGAUGUAUAAUACACUGGCAUCUUGUGUGAUAUUUUACACAAGGGCUGGUGUGCAUUAAUAAUGUUUUCUAAUUUUUCCAUAGUUGAUCUACAGUAACUUCGCUAUACAAGCAAAUUAAGAUGCUCUGAUAAUUGAUGAGCACCUUUGUGUCCUUGUUCAUCUGUAUCACUGGCCAGCAGGUGUAUACUUUUAGCUUGUAGUUCCAUGUCCUGUAAAUAUUUUUCAAAGCAAAGGGAACAAAUAUCUAGUUUUAUUUGUAUAGGAAAUUUCCCUGACCCUGAAGAAUACAUUUUGAAAUGGAACAAGCUUACAAAGAUAUAACACAAUCUAUUUUCUUAUUUGUUCCCCCUGUAUGUGUUUGUGGUGAAUGUGUUUUUUAAAUAGAACUAUCUCCAACUUUUUCUAAGACUACAAUGAAUAGUUUUCUUUUAAAAUAUGGGGAUUAAGAAUGCCAAGAAUAUUGUUAUCACUUGAGCGGUUGACUGCCAAUAAGAUUCUUCAAUCCCUGGGACCUAUGGUCAUGCAUUAAAUUUAAGCCAUAAAAUAGGUUGUUUUUAAAAUGUAUAAGCUCAUUAAGAUGCAUAGUGGGUUAGGAAUUUUUUUUUUCUAAAGACUAUGUUUAAGGAGUUUCAGAACUCUAUUGCAGUCAUUGAAGAGAUUUCCUUUUAUUAGAGAGUCUUAUGUACAAGGGGGAAAUGAGGUAAAUUGGUGCAAAAGUAUGCUCAUUAAUUUUAUUCUAGAAUGCCAGUAAAAGUUUAUAAUGUAUGUCUUUAAGAAAAAUUAUAGCGUACAUAUUUUCAGUUAAGUAAAAAGGUUGCUUGUUGUUGCCAGUUGUUUCAGCGCUACUCCGUUUUAGACACCAUACCUAAAAUAAAAUAUGGUGGGGUUUU